AUGUCUCGUUUGCUCAGACGACUACGACCCUUUGGUGCGACCCCAGGAGCUACCGUCCAGGGCAGCCGCCGCACGGAAGGCUACCACACCAAGACCUCCACCACAACCACUGAUGAUGAUGUAUGGAAACAUGCGCCGACGCUCAAGGGCUCGACAUGCUUCGAGCCUCGUCCCGACGUCAAGAACAUCAUGAUCACGGGCGGCGCCGGCUUCAUCGCCUGCUGGGUCGUCCGCCACCUCACACUUACCUAUCCCUCCUACAACAUCAUCUCCUUCGACAAACUCGACUACUGCUCCACGCUGAACAACACCAACGUUCUGUCCUCUCAUCCCAACUUCUCCUUCUACCAGGGCGACAUCACGACGCCGUCAUCCGUGCUGGACUGCAUGGAGAGACACAACGUCGACACGGUCCUGCACUUUGCCGCACAGAGCCACGUCGACCUCUCGUUUGGCAACUCGUACGGGUUCACGCAAACCAACGUGUACGGCACGCACGUCCUGCUCGAGUCGGCCAAAAAGGUCGGCAUCAAGCGCUUCGUCCACAUCUCCACCGACGAGGUAUACGGCGAGGUCAAGGAGGACGAAGAUGACCUGCUCGAGUCGAGCAUCCUGCAGCCGACAAACCCGUACGCGGCAAGCAAAGCCGCCGCCGAGAUGCUGGUGCACAGCUACCAGAAGAGCUUCAAGCUCCCGGGGAUCAUUGUGCGGAGCAACAACGUCUACGGCCCGCAUCAAUAUCCGGAAAAAAUUAUACCAAAGUUCUCGUGCUUGCUGCGCAGGGCACAGCCGGUGGUCCUGCAUGGCGAUGGCUCGCCCACGCGGCGCUAUCUAUACGCGUCCGACGCGGCGGACGCCUUUGACACCAUAUUACACCGUGGCAUCCUGGGGCAGAUCUACAACGUCGGAUCCAGCGAUGAGAUCUCCAACCUGGACCUCUGCCACAAACUUGUGGAUCUAAUACGCCCACCAGCCUCGUCGUCCACUGGCGCGUCGAGACGGUGGAUCAAGUACACCCAUGACCGACCGUUCAACGACCGCCGCUAUGCCGUGGACGCCUCGAAGCUGCGGCGCCUCGGGUGGUCGCAGAAGGUGGGCCUCGAGGAAGGGCUGAGGCGGACGGUGGACUGGUACAGCAAGUUUGGGGAGAGCUGGUGGGGGAACAUUACGCACGUCCUGACGCCGUUUCCGGGGGUCAGUGAGCUGGGCGAGGUGGUGCCCGACUUUGAGCAUGACGGUAGGGACGAGCCAUGGGAGAACGGGAAAAGGGGGUGA